AUGCCCACAUCAACCCUUAACCCUCCAUCCGAAGACGGCCGCAUUUACACGCCCCCUCGAGAACAAAUACCGCUCUCUCCGUUAACACCCGACCUCCCCGGUGGGGAACCCGAGGAAGAAGACGUUGAUAUGGUUGACGUCGGCCCCGAAGACACGGAUGCCGAGGCUGACGACGAAGACAAGGUCAUGGAGGAAACCCUCGGGGACGGCUGGCUCAUCAACUGGCUGAAGCGCGACCGCGCGACCACCGCCGAGGACUUGCGCAUGAUAGACUACCAGGGCUGGCGCAUCCACUCGCCCAAGGUUCAGCUCAUCCGCAUCAAGAACUUCCUCGCGGAUGAGGACAUCGACCGAACCAUCGACUGGGAGCGCAAGUUCGCCGAGAUCGGAGAGUUCCUGCAGUACUGCCUUCACAUAAAGGGCGGCGAAGGCAGGGACUGGUGGGUCGACCUGCACCAGUGCAUCGACAUGCUUCACACGCACCGGAUCUUCGAGCAGUACCACUACGGCGAGAGGAAGCUCGUCGUCGAUUUCCCCAAAUACUCAGGCGUCAGCACACGCCUGCCACCUCUCCCGGACGGGCGCGCCAUCAUCGCGGCCAAGACGCCCGAGGACCCGGUGCGCCCCCGCUACCUCCUCCACCGGGUGCCCGAGUCCGUCCAGGACGUGGACUACCAGAUCCCCGGGCCGCUGCUGCGGAUCAUGUUCAUGACGUGGUUCCGCCAGGACGGCAACCUCGUCUGGGCCGCCGACCCGAACGGCCCGAGGCCGGGCUCGGGCCAGCGCGGAGCGGUGUUCCAGUACCAGCCGGACUUCAACAUGGCGCUCACGGAGGACGAAUGGUUCGCCAAGUGCAUGGACGGCGGACCCGAGGCGACUUCAGGCGCGCUGCGAGGCGAGGCCAACUUUUACAUCUUGCACAACGAGUACGUCGCCGGCGAGGUCGGCCAUGUCGACGACCGCCACGGCAGGCCGCACGCGACGCAAAAGUUCUACCCCGAGGGCGAGGCCCAGCAGCGCUUCGCCCGGUACCGGGGCGCGAAGCGCGCGGCGCUGCAGCAGUGCCUCUCGCACUUUGACAGCGUCGAGAACGUGGCCAUCCAGAGCCCCUUCCGGAAACUCGUGCUGCCCCUGACGAGGCGGCAGAGGGAGCGCGCCGAGGCGGAGGCCGGCGUCAACAUCGUCUACAAGCCGCUCGCCGUCAAGGCGCCCCCCGAGGACGCCAAGCUCGACCCGCUGGCCCUGGUGUACUGGCACGCGAAGCUGCGCGAGAACCACGCCACACGCGCGGCCGGCCUGAGGGAGAAGGUCGUGGCGGCGCACCGGAGGCACGCCAAGGAGAACGACACGGUGCUCCUGCCGCACAACUUCCUCGGCCCCGUCACGCCCUUCUACCUCCUCCGGGAGAGCGAGCGGCGGCUGGUGGCGCGGCACGCGCUGCUGGUCACCCUCCGCGACAGGGUGAAGCGGGCGUGGGCCCGUAACCCGCGGCAGAUGCUCGAGGGCGUCGUCAAGAACAUGGAGCUCGGGCUCGAGGGGCGCCCGUCCUGGAACAUGAAGGACGAGCUGGUGGCGCACCGGGAGGAGCACGACGGGUACCUUGAGAUGAACGACAGAGAGCUGUACUGGGUUGACUUCGUGUGCGGGCCGUCGACAAACGUCAAGAUGCAGCGGGAGGCGCUGCCGAGGCUCGGGCGGCCGUUCGAGGUGUUCACGGCGCGCGUGCAGGCCCUGCUGGACGAGCCGAGUCAGGAGUGCCUCUUCGCCGUCUCGAAGCGCAGCGUUAGCCUGCAGCAGGUGACGCUGGCUCUCAACGCCAGCCUCCGCCACGGCGACUAUGUCUUCAGCGAGGACAUGGUGAACAUGUACAGUCGAGUGCUCGCCGACCACGGAAGACUUGGAUACGAGCGUGCCGAGACCGGGGAAGUGAACAUUAGCCGGCCCGAGUGCACAUGGCACCCGGAGCACCGCAUGAACUGGCCCGUCGACGACGACGAUUGGGACCCGACGACGAACCCCUGGACUGCGGCCAACGUGCCGACGCCCGAGCACACAUGGGACUGGGAGACGGCCUUCGUCAACGUCGACAAGGUCGACGCCACGCGCCGCGCGACGAAGCGGAUGCUUUGGUCGGCGGCCUACCGCGCGGGCGUCGAGCUCAGCACGCUGGCGCCGCGGGUCGUCGACUUGGACCGGCGCCUGAGCAGGCCGGCCAGCCGGGACCGCCGCGCCGCCCAGCUGCAGGCCAUGGCGGGCGAGUGGCAGAGCGAGUUCGAGCGGCCGGAAGAGAGCGGCGCGCGACCGGCGUCAUACGUGAGCGUCGUCAGGCAAGGGCACCCGAGGCGGUGGAAGAAAGGGAUGACGGAAGAGCGGGCGGUCGAGAUCGUCAGGCGGGGCAUGAUCGACGAGUUGUCGGCGGGUAACAGCACGCUCUGGCCCAGCCGGCCGCGUUUCGGCCGGGGGGCCGACGGGAAGGACGUCAUGACGCUCCACCGCGAGCGCGUCUGGGCGUGGGCGCGGCCCGAGGCGGCGGGCCCGAAGAAGAAGAAGCGCUUCUUCUCGGUGAACCGGUGGCCGGUGCACCUGCAGAGCGAGAAGACGCAGGCGGCGAUCCGGACGAGCCUGGCCGACGAGGAGGCGGAGCGGGACAGAGAAGAGGAGGAGGUGAGGGCGGAAAUGGCGAGGGCGGCGUCUAGGGCGCAGCCGACGCGCGAGGAGCUCCAGAAGGCGGAGGUGGCGAGGAGCCUAUCGGUGCCGUACCACGAGGUCAACGACGCGCAGACGCAGUUCUUCCCCGGGCACGGGGAGUACUGGGAGGGCGACACGCCGUUGCAGAAGGGGGUCAUCAAGGCGCAUGUGCAGAGGGUCAUUCAAGAGGAACUGGGCCCCAAUGACGGCAAAGCCCCGCGCGGGACCAGCUGGCUUGGCGGCGGACGCGCCAAGGCUUCUAGCAGCAGCAGCAGCAGCAGCCGCCGCGACAGAGACGGAGGCGGCGAAGUCUUCGGGCUCCCGGAUGUGGAGCCGGAGGUCGUGCCGAGGAGCGUGCCGGCGGGGUCCGCAGCCUCCGCGACGGGGCAGGUGGCGGCCGAGGAGGGGGCAGUGCUGGACAGGCUACCCCGGCCGACUCCGCCGCCGCCGCCGCCGCCGAGAGUCAUCGAGAGGCGGCGGCCGUUGCUCUCGCCCCGAUACCCGCCGGGCCAGGAGGGCCAGAGAAGGGUUCGGUUCCAGGACGAGGAAGGGAAGGAGUGA